GGUCCACCUCCACCAUAUCUCCACCAGAACUCACCACCGCUACCCUCCCACUAAGUUACCACUUCCACACCAUCCAUUGCCCGCCACCAACAUUUCUCCUCUCCCACUCUGUUAUUCCCCUCGCACUCCGUGACUAAGAAAUCUUUGCAGCAAGGCGACUUUGGCAUAUUCAGCUAUCCAGAGCUUUCCGCGAACUGUACCACUCCGAAGCUUAUCAUCCCUCGCCCUGCACCGCGAUCUGCAGCCUGUGACAGAGCUUGUCAAACAGCUGUCCUCGACCGACAUCGUCAUCCCAACUCGAUCACCACCCUCAACGUCACAUUUACACUUUAGCCCAACAUGAUGUCUGGAGAAGCCUGGCUGUUUUUGUUGUCGGUGCUUAUCAACGCCGUCAACCUCUUUUUACAGGUUUUCUUCACUAUUAUGUACAGUGAUUUGGAAUGUGAUUACAUUAACCCCAUUGACCUCUGCAACCGACUCAAUACCUAUAUCAUCCCCGAGGCUGCUGUGCACGGUUUCUUGACCUUCCUCUUCCUCAUCAACGGCUACUGGAUCCCUCUCAUUCUCAACUUGCCUCUCCUUGGCUGGAACGUCAAGAAGAUUGUCGACAACACUCAUCUCCUCGAUGCGACUGAGAUCUUCCGCAAGCUCAAUGUUCACAAGAAGGAAUCUUUCUUCAAGCUUGGCUUUCACCUGCUCAUGUUCUUCUUCUACCUCUACAGCAUGAUUGUUGCUCUUAUCCGAGACGAGUCCUCCUAAAAUGCUACCCCUCUCGAAUGAGCCGCGGUCCGAUAUCACCGAUGUUAGGCAAUGUUUGGCUACGUCUGAUAAGACAGAUUGCAAUAUCUUAACAAGCUGGUCGAGUUCAGCCGACAUCCAGGGCCGAAUCGACUGGUCACGCGACGACAAGAACAAGAGAACACGAUAUGAAUCUGCUACGGCAGUACACACAACGAGUGGAAGACAGUAUAGAUGAUGAUGAUAGCUUAUUAUUUUUUUAAGAGGCGGGCUUGGCGUAUAUAUCCUGGUAUCAUGCCAGCUGGCGCUCUGGUUGAUUACUUCAUGAAGGCGGUGGGUAGCAUGUUCUGUUGGAGACUGAGGCAUUGAUCGCACUUGGUGGUGACCUGGUCCCGUCAUCCUUCAGCGUUUGAGCCCGGUGUGAUAAUUGAUUAAUGACCGAAUAAGAUGGCCAGUUCUGAUGCUUUGGAUGAAAUGUAUAGUUUCUUUAUGUACAGUAUAUGACUUACAACUCAUGACAAACAUUUCUCGU